AAAAAAAAAGACAGUGUUGUCAUGGAAAUAUGUGUUCCCGUUCUAUUGCCUCACCCCACUGAGAGCAAAACAGCCGAUGCACGACUAAAACCUUUGUGGCAGAGGCGUGAAUGAACAUGUCAAACCCACCCAUCAACUCUCAGUGAUCAGAGAAAACGAUUCAAAAAGAAACCAGGAGGCAGAAACAGAUGGACAGAGAAGUCAGUGCGUGAAAUAAAGCAUUACUCUUGUUGCUAUUAGUAUCAUUUUUUAAUAUAUAUAUAUAUAUCUGUAACCGUCAGCUUCACUGUGGAUACGAGAAUUUUUUUUCUGUUGUUUUCUCAACUGAGAAAACUUUGAAAGCCCUCAAAGGCAAGAAGAGAGCUGAAUCUGCAUCCAUCAUUUUCACAAAGAAAAUCUUUGAUGUUCAUCUGAACGACGUUUCUCUCUUCGCCAUGACAGGAAGGUGGAACCUGCUGAUGGUUCUGUGCCUCCCAUUUGCUUUGGUAAAGUCAAAGCCAUCCUGCUCUUCUGGAUUAAGUCACCACAAGACAGGAUGCAUCGAUCACGAUGAAUGUGCCGUGAACGAGGACUACCCUGACGAUAGUGGACCAUGUGAUGAAAAUGCUAUCUGUAUUAACACGCAAGGGAGCUACCUCUGCCAGUGUGUUGAUGGUUUCAGAUCUCCUUCAAACGCAAAGACUUCUGGACAGUGUAAAGAUAUCAAUGAGUGUUGGGAAAACAAAGACCUGUGCGGCCCAAAUGCCAAGUGUUUUAACACAAUUCCUUAUUAUUCCUGCAUUUGUCAUGACGGAUUCAUCUCUACCACUGGAGUGGAAAAGUUUCGGAAUGGCGACAAUAUUACAUGUAGAGAUAUUGAUGAAUGUGAAGAGCAAAGCAUUUGUGGGCAGAAUGCAAAAUGCAUUAAUAUUCCAGGAAGUUAUUUGUGUGAGUGCAAGCCUGGGUUUGCACUGAAAUCUGGCAAAACAACAUAUUCCGAGGAUCAAGAACAGUGUGAAGACAUAUGUAUGAUUGGCAAGACCAUUUGUGGAAAUGGAACCUGCCACAGUGGAGCCGGCGGUCAUUACUGUGCAUGUCAUGCAGGCUUCACUAACUACGGCAACAAAGAGUCUCCCUGCACCGCUCUCAGCUGUGAUGCUUUCAACAAAAUGAACGGUCUGAAAGAUAAAUUUCUCCUCACACAUGAGGUUGUGGUGCUGUUGAAAAACAGCUGUCAGGAGCUGACAGAGAGUGAGUCUCCAGCAGAGCUGGAUGGAGAGAAUCUGUUAGAGAGAGUGUUGUCUCUGUCCGACGAGCUGCUGUCUGCUGGAGUUUUAACUGAUAACAGCAAAAUCUCCUUCUUUCUGGAUGUGGUGGAGAACGCUCUGAGGCUGACAGGAGCCUUCAUCAAGUCACCCAGGAUAACAAGAUCGUCCUCAUACACAGAUCUGGAGCUGAGGGUACAUAAGGGAGCUGUCAUCCCCCAGGAAACUGUGACUAUAUCAUCGCAGAAAGCUCGGCUGAGCAUCCGGUUGAAAACAGCUGCAGGAGAUCCCUCCCAUUACCCAGGCUUUACCACGGUGUCCUUGCUGAGCUAUAACAACCUGGAGGAGUCUACAAACGGCUUCUUUCAUGGGAUGAGACAAGAGGCUCAACGUUUCAAGGUCAACUCCAAAGUGGUGACCGUCACUGUCAGUAACACCAACACCAGCAGCCUCGAUGAGCCUGUCAUAUUAACACUGCACCACCUCACUAAGGCAAAUCAGAGUUCCCACAGCUGUGUGUACUGGGACCCGUCAGAGAAUGGGGGGUCGUGGUCUCCCCGUGGUUGCAAUGUUGUGGAGUCCAACCUUGAAUACACUGUGUGCUCCUGCAACCAUCUCAGCAGUUUUGCUGUGCUCAUGGUACUCUAUGAAUUUGAGGACAGAUACGAGUUACAGUUGAUCACCUGGGUGGGUCUGUCUCUUUCCCUCCUCUGUUUGUUCAUCUGCAUCCUUACGUUCUCGCUGAUCCGCUCCAUUCGCAGCCCUCGAACCACCAUUCACCUCCACCUCUGCAUCAGCCUCUUCAUUGCCAUCAUCAUUUUUCUUGCAGGAAUCUCCCGUACAGAAAACAAGGUUGCAUGUGGAGUGGUGGCAGGGCUGCUGCAUUUUUUCUACCUGGCAGCCUUUUGCUGGAUGUGCCUGGAGGGCAUACAGCUGUUCAGGAUGGUAGUGCUGGUCUUCAACACCAACUUCAGAACCGUCUACAUGAUGGCAGGAGGCUACGGAGUCCCAGCUGUUAUUGUCGCCAUCUCUGCCACUGUUAACGCCAAGGGAUAUGGCACCGACAGGCAUUGUUGGUUGAACUUGGAGUUCAUCUGGAGCUUCUUCGGCCCUGCCUGUGUCAUUAUUAUAAUCAACAUUUUCUUCUUUCUCAUCACUGUGUGGAAGCUGGCACAGAAAUUCUCCAGCUUAAACCCAGACUUGGACAAUCUGCAAAAAAUAAAGACUUUCACCGUCACUGCAGUGGCUCAGUUGUGUGUUCUGGGCACCAUGUGGAUCUUUGGUUGUUUCCAGUUUGAGGAGAGAACAAUAGCCAUGUCCUACCUGUUCACCAUCUUUGGCAGUCUGCAGGGGGUCCUGCUCUUCGUCAUGCACUGUCUGCUGUCCAAACAGGUGAGAGAGGAGUACAAAAACAUCCUUUCUGGAUUCUGUGUACCUCGGAAGACGAGCGACUCCGGGUACAGUUAUUUAAGUAAAGCACGGAUGUCCAAGAGCUCCCAGGACACGGGACGGUCUCACAUCUGAGGACUGGUCAUCUGGAAGCAUUGUCGAAGACAACACGAACAAUUGGAGUGUGUCAUCUCCAAUGUUCAGCCAUUACAUCACUUUAGUUUUCUGUAAAUAAUAAGCUGGCCUCAAAAAAUGAGGGUAAUAUGGAGCACGUCUGAGCUAGUGCUACAUAUUAGCCACAUAGCCCAAAUGCUAAGAUAAAUGCCAUGUGGCUAAAAGAAUAACAAGUGAGAUAUCUUUGAUGAAACCUGUUGACCUCUAAUGCUGUUGCUGUCCUUUGCAGAUGCAUAAUGCAGCUCAAAGAAAAUAAUUGUGGCUAAAGAGAAAAUACAGAAUUUAGCCAUUUUGGCUAAGUAUUAAAUUAUUGUACUGCUAGCAUAGCCACUGAAUGCUUUGAUUAAGUGCAUAAUUAAGUGCAAAUGUAGUCUCAUUAAAAAUUAGGAAAUGAAAAUACAUCUGUGGAAAUGAUGCACAAAAUUUACUCACAGAUUAAUCACAGAGCAAGUCAUUUCACAACAACAAUCUCCAAAUGACUCUGUCUUAUGUGCAACAAAAUUUGAAUAUUAUUCAAACAAAAUAUUAAACUAAUUGACCUGCUUUCAGGUGCUAUGUCAUACAGGUACUUUAGCCAACAAAGACAGUCCCAAACAAUUUCAAUGUCAUUUGUGUUUUGGUUUGUAUUCUUUGACCAUUUUUCUAUACAACAUGUUGAUUGUAUGUGCAUUAAAGCUACCUGAAUCUGUCCGAUAAUGAGUCCACUUGGACAAAAAUAGAUUGCAUGGUGCACUUUUCCCUCUGUCGAUGCUCAAAGUGCUGUACAAUAAUGCCUCACAUCCACGCCCAACAUGCAAGACAUUCAACUGCACUCAAGAGUAACAUGAAGAGUAGACAUUGCUCAAGGGUUCCUCAGUGAAUUUCUUCUUGAAUGGGAAUUGAACAGAGUCCUCUGGUCACAAUCCUGCCUCUAGCUAACAAGCCACCACUUCAAAUGGAUUUUGAAACCUUUUUUGUUGUAUAUAAAAUGUAUUAUAUCUAAAUACAUGAAGGGAGAUUUUUUUCUUUCACAAAGUUCAGAUAAUAAACUUCAAUUUUUAAA